GGCUGACCGGAUCGUUUGACUGAAAAGAAUACCGAGUUAGAGCAAGAACUGUGUUUACCAAACACAACCACGACAGGUUGGGAGUUCAUACAAUGGUUUCACUGCACGCAAUUAAGAGUUGGUGUUCUUAUUGAAUCUUUCCUGGACGGAUAAUGGAACGAGAUACCACAGAUGAAAAAGACACACAUAAGAACAUACAGUUGUAUGGCAACGUUUCGCCCUCACAAUGGGCUUUAUCAAUUCAAACGGAGAGUGAUUUCCUGUUUGAUUUUUGUGACAGUGGUAUAAUGGACUGUGGCAAAGGUGGGGGUGUACCCAUUCCUAGAGGCCCAGGAAACAGACCCACACAGGCUCACCACUUCCCAGAUCUCUCCACGAUGACCCUUCAAUUGGAUGACCACAGUCCAGUCCCAAGCCAGCAGUCAGGCACUAUCUUGGGCCCUCAGUGGGACAGCAACAUUAAUUUUUCCACUCCACUAUAUCAAGACAAUAGAGGUCUUUCCCCAAUUGGGCCAAACUCUCCAUCCUUGUGGCCACCACAGUCAAUGGACCUGGACCUCGACAUGAAACUAGAGGAUCUGGAUAUCAAACUGGAGCCAUUAGAUGAUUUGCUUGGUGUUGAUGAUUUUCUACCAGGUCACACACUUGGCCUAAACUCAACAGAUGAUGCUCUACUUGAUGACGUGAAUUUUGACGAUUUUCUCAUGCCUGAACAGUUUUCCAGUUCAGGAUUGGAACAACCAAAUUCACCCCUCACUAUGGUAACAGUACAUCCUGAUGAUGUAAUGGGUGACAAGGGAUAUUUCACACCAACAUUCUCCAGUUCUCAAUAUAUAUCUUCAGUAACCCAGCCAGUUAAAGCAGAGAGUACAUCAUUGUUCUCUUUGCUUGCUUCAUCGUUUCCUCCUCAGGGUGGUGGUUGGCGUGACCCACUUCUUACAUCAUCAUCUGUUCCAGGUCAGCAGGUCAGCAGCCAGCUAGGAAGCAUAGAAGAAUGCCCAGGAUCCAACCAACAACAGAAUGUGUCUCAGCAACCUCAUAGUUUGAAUACAUCAUCAAAUUCUACAUCAGCUCUUCAGGAAUUACUUUUGCGUUCACCUUCCACCCCACUAUCUCCCCACAGCGUAUCUUCCCAACAGGGUGUACCAUCACCCCAAGAACCUUCCUUGGGUCAGUCCGUUCCACGGCCUACUUCACUUUCAGCUGCCAAUCCUCUGCUUUCUGCUCGGCUUUCAUCUUCAGCACCAUCUCGUAACUUUUCUUUAGAACAAGCAUGGCAAAGAAGAGAGCCAAGACAACAUCUCUUGUCAACUGGGUCUUUGGCAGAGGAAUUUGGUGGUUCUGCAUCAUCUCUCAGUACAGUUGGGGGUAUUCUGUCUCCAGGUGGUCAUGAUCUCUCCAUAGAUGAAGGCAUCGACUCAGAUGAUGAAUCAGAGAAUGAACACUAUGAUUCUGAGUCAGAUAAUGACUCAGUAGUGAGUGAAGACACAGGCAGCAUCUCAAGCUCUCUGGGAAAAAAGGAAAGAUACUUUUGGCAGUACAAUGUCCAGGCAAAAGGACCCAAGGGACAACGUGUCAGCAUUAACCAACAGCAGCGUGACCCUCACAGUUUGCCGACAAUUAUGGAUCCUGUCUUUUCUCCUCUCUGCUCUAUCCAGGGGAUCAAACACAGCUUAUCUCUAACCCACAGUGGAAAGGCCCGUAGGGGUGAUGGGAAUGACCUGACCCCCAAUCCUCGUAAAUUAGUCAACAUUGGCCGUGAACUUGAGAAACUCAAUAAGACAAUCAAUGAUAUGACUCCAGUGUCUGAACUCCCAUUCAACGUGAGGCCUAAAUCACGAAAGGAGAAAAAUAAACUGGCAUCACGAGCUUGUCGUCUAAAGAAAAAAGCCCAACAUGAAGCAAACAAGAUUAAGCUCUAUGGCCUGGAACAAGAGCAUAAGGGUUUGAUUAGCAUGAUUGAUGAAGCAAGAUCAUCACUAAUAAGAAAAGUGGAGCUGGGAGGAAGUGGUAAUCUCUGCAAUUAUAUAUCUCCAGUCGGACAACUCCAGUGUUCUCCCAGUACCCCUCCCCAGAACCCACAGACACACAUAUCACAGCACCUGGAAAAGCUUGUCAAGAUUAGAAACAAGCACAGGAUUGCUGGCCACACGACAGAAUUUGUCAACCGAGUUAUCGAGAACUGUCAAAAUGGAGACUCAAAUGGCGGCUUAAAGGAAAUCACCGAAGCAUUUAACAACAACUAUCUGGCAGUCAGUCCGCCAUCUGGUGUCAGCAUUGGUGGUUUUUCACCUCACUGAAAGCUUCCCAACCUCAUGGAGAAAUUUGGCAUGUUGCAGUAAAAGGUGCUGAUUAAUACCCUUCAAUCUGGCACCUUCAUGAAAGAGCAAAGAUAUCCCAGACUUUAAAAUAUAGUACUUUAUAAUUUAUCAUUAACCCAUGACUCUUCGUUGUUCAAGAUAGCUUAGAGAUGCACCAGAUGCAGUUCUUCACAGGGAAACUGUGAAUCAUCUUGUACAAUACUCCUUAGCCAUACUUAUAGCACUUCCAGUGGCUUAUAAGCAUACACAGAAUAGCGUUCUGUGGAAAACAAGAUCAUGAACUAAAAUCAAGCAAAAAUUAACCUUUUUCUUACCCGGAGACGUUGCGCACCAUCAAUAGGUGGUGAUAAGGUAAGACUAGGCAUGCUCUAUUAGAAGAAGAUAGGGUUAGCCAAGCUUAGCUUUCCCGCAUGAGACAUAGGCUGUGACAGUCAGAGGAAUGAUUGAAUUGCUACAAAAUAUGGAAUGUAUGUUUGUUGUUAGUUUUAGGCACAUAUAGUAUAUAUCCAAUGGGCAGUAUAUUACUCAAAAUUUUAUUUUUGUUGAUUGCAGUUAUAUUUUUUGAUACUGACAGUUUUGUGAUACUGACAGCACUAAAAGGAAGAGUAAAACAAUCGUCAAUUUUAUUUGACGAUUGUUUUUUAUUUUUAUUUAGCCCUGCCCUCAUUCAGGAGCUGGUGUUUUAUUUAGUUAUCUGUUCCAUUAUUUUCAAUUUCAUCAACAUUUCUGAUCUUGCUUCCUUACAUAUUUCUUUCUUGGUUGUUAUCCAAGGGUGUAAAUGUGGUAGAGCAGACUGAAAGACCAACUCAACCUGACUAUACAGUAGAUGGGAGUUAAAUGAUUAAUCAAAUCUCUUAAAUAUAGAUUAAUAGUAGUGCCCUCAUAAUUUACAGUUGCAUGUACAUGUUGCUGUUUAUCUGGUUAUGAAUACUUUUUACAAGUACAUGUUUCCAGGUAAAUUUCACAUAAAUGGAAAAUAAAACAGGUGAAAGAAUCUGUAUGUUUUCAUAUCGGAGACUCUUCUUCAGCAGAUGAGGGUCUAUGAAGCCAAAAUAUACAGAUCCCUUCCACAAGGGAUUUUAUUUUCUGUCCCACUACAUUACAUUCAAGGGAGAAGCACUAAUUCUAUAGGCAUCAUGCAGCACCUGAGAAAUGGGAGGCAAUCAGGCUUGAUCUAAGAAAAAGGACGAUAGAUUCAGUUACCUGUCCAUUGAUCACAAUACUUUUAUUGUAACUGUUAUUUGGAUUUACAAGUGUGAUUGAAUCACUUAAUAAUCAAGUACCAUAUAUUAAGCUACUGCUCUAGUUUUUCUGAUUUUUCAGUUACACCCCUGGUUAUAUCUAAGCAAAUUUUAAUAUUUUUUUAUGUAAUGUUAUUUUUAAUAAUAUUAUUAUGACUUCUGAUUUUUUGAUAUUCGUUUUAUUUUCAAGGAUUUUUCAGAAAUCUAGUUAGGAUUGUUGUUUGAUCUUUGCUAUUGAAAUGUGGCAAGAUAGUCUGUUGCUGAAAUGUGAGGAAAUUAUUGUGUCAUGCUUGAAAUGCAGUGGCAUGUGAUAUAUAAAUGCUGAUAGAUUUAUUGUCAUUCAUGAUAUUCCUCUUAUAAAUAUACAGACUAGCUGGAUUAGUCAGUACUGUCAGAUUGUAAUUCUUCAAAGUAAAUACCAAGAAAAUGAAUGGACAGCAUUUACUUGAAAUAAAUAUAUUCUUGUAUUUUGAGUUUUUGAUCAACAUAACACUAAGUUUUAAAAGUGCUUGAGUAAUAUAUACUGCCCUGAGGUCCACCAACGCUUGUUCAUUUGGUUAAUAUUGUUGCCAUUGUGGAAAUGUUGUGUAUUAAAGAGUCAAGUGAUAGCAGGAGCUUACUCCUCUUUCAUAUAUUAUAUACAUUAUUAUUAUAUACAUUUAUUUUUGUUGCAGCUUUGGUGUUUUGUUGAUAUAGGCUACAACCUAUUUUUAGUUAAGAAAGACUGGUGGUGUGUAGCAUUCCUGCUGGUUGGUAUUUAUAAGUAAUUUUAAGGUAAUAUUAACUAAGACUUUAAAAAUGCAAAAGCAACAGUGUAUGUUUAUGUGCUAGUAGAGGACUUGCCAUAUCUCCUUUAAUUUGUAUUGUUUUCCAAAAAAAAAAAAAAAAAAAAAAAAAAAAAAACUAUUUCUCAAAUGAAUUAAUGGAAUAUAAUAUUAUGCAGUUUGUUCAACAAUGUUGACACUGAGCCUGUUGAGCUGUCUGCAAGCUAUAAAGGAAACUUAUAACAACAUAUUCAUACUAGACUACCUCUACUUUCAAUUUCUAUUACAUUUAGAUAGAGAUCCACUAAAAUAAUUGGUUAAGCAUAUGACAAGAAAAUUAUAACUUAGAUUAUAAUAAUUAUUAUUACAAUUAUCUGAGUCAUGGGGAUGGAUAAAACUCAAGGAAUACACAGUGCCUGAAGAAUGCAAUGUAAUUAAGUUUGAUCCUAGGAAAAAGGAGGGUAUCCCCAAUUCCUUUGCUCAGUUGUUAUUCAAUACAAAGUAACUUUCAUUCUUGAAGAAAUAAUGAAAGGACAAUAUAAAUUCAGUGACAGUGCUUCAAACAACCUUGAACUCUGCCAGCCACUAAAAGUUUCUUGGCAUAAUUCACCUCCUUCAAUAAAAAUUUAAUGUGUUAGUCAGGAAAUACAUCCCCCUCCCCCUCAGCAUUUUCUUACCACAAAGAAUAAAAAAAGACAGUACCAUGAUUGGAACAAUACACACAUAGGAGAUUGAACUUAGGACAUCAAAAGUUUCAGUCUCCUGCCUAUGGGUUAUCUGUGUAUUUUCUUACCACAUUGACUGUCUCCCACCAAAGCAUUUUGGGUGACUAAAUGCUAAAGAAAAUUGGACCAUCCUUGUUACUCCAUGGAAUCUAGUGUACUUUAAAGAAAAGACACACUUUUGGCAGUCUUACUUUGUUUCAUACAUUUUGUACUGUAUAGUCUUUGCUAGAUCAAAUUUAGAGUGCUCUAAAGAAAUUGACAAAGAGGACUAUUUUCUUCUACCAAUUUGAGACUUUCUUUUCUUUCUAUGCUAGAUGGUAAAUAUAUUUGGGAGAGUUUGUAAAAAGGAAAUUAUAAAUAAAUAUAGGAAAGAGCAAGGAGAUGAGAGUAACAAAAAAUUUAAGUAAGAAAAGAUUGGCUAUCAGAUUGGAAGGAGGAAGUGAAUGUGUUCAGAUAUUUGAUAGCAGACUUGUUGGUGAAUGGGUCAAUGAAAGAUGCGAGCCGUAAAAUUGACGAGGGGGAAGAAAGGUGGGUGGUGCACCGAAGCAUCUGUGGAGACUAGGAACCUUAUCCAUGGAUGCAAAAAUGGGAAUUUACUAGAAUAUAGUGGUAUCAACACUCUUAUAUGGGUGUGAAGCAUGGAUUUUAAAUGUUACAGAGGAGGUACGUAUCUGUAAUGGGGGAAGGAGACGUAGGGGGUCAUCCUAGGAAAAGCUGAAGGGAGGGGGUGUAAAGGAGGUUUUGUAUGUGAGGGGAUUGAACAUCCAACAGGCAUGUGUGAGCAUGUUAAGAGUGGAGGAAAGUAGUUUUUAUGACUUGGCUUGCUGUUGAAAUGUGAGCAAGGUAGCACUUAUGAAGUUUCAGGGAAACUGGUUAGUCAGACCUGAGUCCUAGAGGUGGAAAUAUCAUGCCUUCAUUCUGAAGGAGGGGUGGAGAUAUUGCAGUUUGGAGGGUCCUCUUAACCUGUAGUGUCAGCACUCCUUGGGCAAACGGUGAUGGAGUAAACAAUAGUGAACGUUUCUUCGCUUUCGGGUCACCCUACCACGGUGGGACAUGGCCAGUGUUAAAAAAAAAAAAAUAAAAGAUAGUUUUUGCAAGUCACUAUACUGUUGUCCAUUGGUUUAUGAAAUAGAUGUGUUCCUGGCCCAGUGCACAGAAUGAACCCAGUUUAACAUAACACUUAACUUUUGUCAUUCGUACGGUAACUGUUCCACUGUAUUGAAUAUUUAUUGUAAAUGUAUAAAAAAUACACAUGCAACAUUAGGAAACUUUAUUAGGAUAUGUUUCAGUCACCAGGAAUUUUAUUAAUCCUAUAGUUAAAAUUGAUAUACAUACUAACUCCUGUGAGCAAAAUGUAUCCUAAUACAAGUUCCCUAAUACUGUACAUGUCUUAUACAUUUGUCAGUAUAUAUCUUUUGUGAUACAUUCAUUGUAAAGAUAAAAGAAGCUGUCUAGAAAUGCACAAAAAAAAAAAUAAACAUAUCUUGUACAAGUUUUCACAAAUGCAAGGUUUCACUGUGAUGAAAACAUUCAGAACUGAAUUAUCAUUCACUUCAUGUAAGGUGAAAUAAUGCACAACAUUUACUUAGUCUUUUUGGGUAAGAUUUUUUUUAUACACAUUCAAGGGCAAGUAUCUUAAAUUCAGUUUUUAAAGUAUGCUGUGUAUACAGUUUGGUAAUAAUUCUAAUUUACAUUUUUCUCAUAAUUUCAUAGUGAAUUAAAAGGUCUAUAGUUACUCCCCUUAGCAUAUUAUAAUUAGCAUUACUUUAUUUCCCCUUCAUAUUUCUUGACUAAAUACAUAUCUUAAUUAUACAUUUUAUCCAUGAGGAAGCACUAAACCCAUAGAGGUCAUACAAUGCCUGGUGAAUGGGAGGUCAUCAGGUUUAAUCCAAGGAAGUGUAGGGUAGGUCCAAUUCCUUGAAUCAAGAGCUUCUCAUCAGCAUCAAGGCAUCAUUUUUUUUUUUUAGUAUAUUUGCUCAUUACUUUUUUUUACCUUAGUGGUCGUCUCCCACCAAGGUAGGGUGACCCAAAGACAAAAACACAAUCAUCAUUCAUGCAAUUGCUGUCUUUCCAGAACUGUGCUAAUCACAAUUUAGGUAACUCUCCAAAUGCAACAGUGCGACAUUAUUCCUCGUACUAAACACACUCAUGGUGGCUGCUGCUGCUAAUGCUGUUGCUACUACUACUACUACUACUACCACCACUCCUAUUACUGCUUGCCUCCUCACUUUCUUACUAUCCCUACUUAAUUUUAUUCACUGGAGUGUACCAAUGCCAAUAAGGACUGUUGAUCCUUCCCUCUUCCUUGAAUCACACCCAAUUACCUCCCAAUAUUAAAAGCACUGUAUGACCUUUAUGGGUUUAGCGCUUCACUAGUCCUUAAAGCCUAUUGGGUUAAUUAGGGGUAUAUAAGCACCAAUUCAAAAUACCUGCAUUUAUGAAAUUCAGAUAUAAAGUUUAAGUAAAGAGAAAAUAAAAGUUAAUUCCUCUGAGAGCAAUUAACUCUUCCAAAAAAUUUAUAAAUACUCUCAAUAAUAAACUAUAAUUUAAGAGCUCUGGAACUUGACUGGCAACUGGUACAGAUAUAUCAAUAGAAAUUGUGUUAAAUUUGUAGAUACAUGCCAACAUAUAUCUUCCACACAGCUCAAAUACACACCGACAUCUUGACACCUGGGAUAGAGGGGGGGAGAGGGGUAACAAAAACACCUUUACAACUCCAUGCUGCACAGAUGUACAUACAUAUAUGUAUUCAGUUUUAAUUCAUCUAUGACAUGUGCAGAUAAAUGCUACAGUUUAUAUAAUGCAACAUGUUAUAGUUAUUUACAGCAAAAUCGUUACUACUGCAACACAAGGCAUAACUCGCAAUAUUAAUUACGACAAAAAGGACGUACAAGUCUUAUACGAUUACCUCUGAAUAUCUACCAUAUACCAGCAUUCAUAACAGUUUAAAAUGGAAAAAUAAUAAUAAUGUCACUGAGCUUCUAUUUCUGACUUAAGGAAUUGGGCAGAUUGUUUAUAAAGCUUUUCAGCUUUUGUUUUUAUAUCAGAUGUCAUGCAUAGCAAUUACAAAGAAAGCUUUUUGUUUGUCAUAUGAAAUAUUUACAGGCAUACAUUUGGUCAUAAUUUGUACGAGUUUUGCACUUCAAAAUGUGCAAAAUAACUUUUUAUGCUCUGUUCUUAAGUUAUGACAUUUUGUGAUGUUGACAGUAAGGAGGAACUAGUUUCUCUCUGGCUUGCAAUUUAUUCAUAUAAACUUAUGAAGUUAUAUGUAAUUUAUAGUAUUAGCUACCUUGCUAGUUUUCUAUACAGGAGGCCCCCAACAUACAAACAGUAUUACAAACAUCCACAUAAACACAUUACUAACCAGUUUUAUUUUUACAACAGCUUGUCUAUCUUACCAACAUGUGAUACUUAGCUAUUGUUAACGACAGGUGGCAAAAGGCUUGCAACUUUUUAAGACAUUUUCUGAUGUCCAUUCAUAGUUUCAAUGACAUCAGUGAAAGUCUAAAGAAUUUGGAAGUCUUUCCAACUUGCUAUGAAUUAUUUUUCUUACAAGCUAAAUUUUUAUAUAACCAUCUUUUGUAUAUUGAAGAAUAGACAGAGCUGAAAAACAAGCAUUUAUUGCCCUGCACCUGUGUUUUUUGUUUAUUGCUGUUAGGACUAUGGCUAUCCCCCUUCAUUUGUAAUUUGAAACACCAGGAAGGCAACUCGUUUGCACACUAGCGUUCCCCUGUAUCUACUAUCUGUGAUCUUUGAAUUUUGCACAUAGAAAUUAGUGAUACCCCUCCAAGUGUUUAAGACCCUCAUUUAACUGGUCAUAUUGUUUAAUUGAAAACACGGAAAACAAUGUGAUAGUAUAAAAAGUAGUUGCAAUAUAUUCAAAUAUAACUUCAGUAUACACUCCUCUCGCCUGCUCCAGCUCACCUCUUUCAUAUGUCAUUCUUUGCACAUUUUCCUCAUUUUUAUUUAAUUCACUUCUACAGAUUGGCAUUCUAGAUAUAUACCAACAUAGAGUACACAAAAAAAUUAUAACCAUGCACCACUGUGAAUAAUAUUAGCAAUGGGUGCAUAAAACAUGACUGCCACUCCCUAUCUAUAUGUACCUAGAAAUCAAUAAAUGCCCUUAAAGAAAGGAGUGACACUGUAUAACCUUUCAUUGAAAGGCCAUAGAAAAAAUAACUGUACCAUUAGGCAGGCUAAAAAUAAAUGAGAUUGUAAAUUUUCAAGAAGUAUUCAGAAUAGCAGCCUUAAGAGCAGCUUAGAAUAAAGAAAAGUGGAAAUAUAAAAAGAAAAAACAGCACAUAAAGAUACAGUUACUAAAACAAAUCUGUGUAAAUAGAAUAAGAUAAUUUUUUAAGUUGUUCCAGCAGAAGUAAAUUUAUUAUGAUGUAAAUAUAUCAGAGGAUUAAGAAUAGUAAAGGUUUUAUCAAAAUAAAAGAAUGUAUCCAGCUGGAUGUUUUACUUACAAAUAAAUUUUGUCUAGUGCAAGUUGUUCAGUAGCACCGGUAAGAUCUCUAAAUGUAAAUUAUUGGCAGAAUUGAUAUAAAUACUGUACAUGUUUAAGGCAAAGAAAUGUUUAUGUAGAGUGUCACAGAUUAGGAGACCUGGAAAUAGCGCAAACAAAACAAUUUUAAGAACACCUCAUGUCUCUGGAAGUGCAAAAUGUAUAGCCAAAAGGUUCACAGUUUUAAAUUACUAGCAUUAACGAUUAUUUGAAGUACACUGUUGUGGAUUUUUUGAUGCAGAAGCAAUUAGCCAAUUGUAGAUACAGUGGAAUCUCGACUUAUGAGUGUCCCAACAUAUGAGUUUUUCAAGAUACGAGCCAUCGCUCGGUCGAUUUUUUGCUCUAAGUUACGAGCCAACAUCCAAAUUACAAGCAAGCUUCCCCCGCUUCCCCCUCAACCCACAACCCACACACCUCACUUGUUUAUCUAUGAUUUCAUGCUUUAAUUCCAUGGACAUCAUCCUCUUUUUCUUCUCAGCACUGUCCUUUGCACUUACUUUCUCAGGACCCUUGGUUAGAAAAAAGAAAUUUGGCAAAAUAACUGCACAAACUGCAAGGAAAACAUGAGAGAAAUGCUUCCAUGGCAAGGUAAACAUUGCACUGAGUUGGCAGCAUUCUGAAGCUCCUCAUUAUUAUAAUUAUUAUAAUAAUUAUUAUUACUAUUAUUAUUAUAAAGUGUAGCAUUAAGAGUGUAGCAAGUAAAUCACUAUUUCUUUACCUUCUCUAUGUUUUAUGUUUUUAUACAAUACUUCUUAUUUAUAAAUACAUUGUUUCAGUGUUUUCCUUAUGAAACUAGUGAUCUAGUGCAGUUAGCCUCACAAACACUCCGUUUUCUCUUAUAAUAAGAGCAUGGGAAGAUAUGGUCAGAGCGGGAGCGGGAAUGGCCGCUACCACUAGUCACAUACUGUAAUGACAUUUUAUUCAUUCUAGAGUAUAUAUCAUGUUUCUAUGUUAUUUAUAUUGUUUAUUAUGUUAUAUUGGAUGAAUUGUGAUAGAUAAAUAAUCUGUAGAGUUGAUAUUAGCAUCAUACUGAAGUAUUUUGUCCUACCUCCCAAGAGCAGGAAUUCUACUGGAAUGGAUUAACCCGUAAACGGUCCAAACAUAUACACUGUAUAUACGUUUUUUCAACAUUUGAAAGUAUGUAAAAAAAAGUAGAUCUUCUUUUUGUUUUUCUACAUUUGAAAAUGUGUAAAAAACUUUGAUCAACUUUAUUUUUUUUUGUUAUAUUUGAAAAUAUGUAAAAAAAACUUUGAUCUACUUUUGUAGCACUACACAUGUGAACAUAGAUCUGCUUGGACCGUUUACGGGUUAAUGGCAUUUCAGUUAAUUUAAAUGAGGAAAAUUGAUUUGAUAUAUGAGCAAAUUGAGUUAUGAGCUAGGUCAUGAAAUGGAUUAAAUUUGUAAGUCGAGGUUCCACUGUACUUUAACAAUAGGAAAUUAUGAAACAAAUGGAGGAAUGCCCAUUAAUAAUAAUAUCAAAUUAAGCACUAAACACAAAUGGGUCAGGAGUACCUAUACAGAUUUGUCAGGUAAUUAAAAAUCAUGGUGAAAAUGUUUUACUGUCGUGGACAAAUAAGUAAAGUUCAACAGUAAAACUUGCUAUUUAUAUUUCUGAAUGAUUACAAAGACAAAAGUUGAUUACUUAACAAAAUAUAUAUGAGCAUUCAGGUCAACAAAGUGAAUAAUAAACUUUAAUUAGCAAUUGUACUACUCUAAAUGUUCUGAAAUGAAAAGGAAGUACAUAGUAAUGAAAUAGCAAUUGUGCAGAGUUAAAAUGGUCUUUAUUAAAAAUUAUGCACAGUUGAGAAUGUUAAUUGAUAAAUAUAAAAUUGAACAUGCACAUGUAAAUUAUAGAUAUAUUUGACAGAAAAGAAUAAUUUAAGAUAGUUUCUCAAACUGAAGAAAUAAAAAUUGAAAGGCAAUGUGAUAUGUAUAUAAAGAAAAAAGUGGUACCUGACAUUGAGGACUGAAUUCAUGUAACCAAGCCUUUUAUAAACAGGUUUUUGAAAAGCCUAACUUUUCCUUUGAAACGAAUUCCUGUUUAUAUUUGACGUGACUCUUUCUAUAACAUUAUAAAUGGCAUCUCAGAUAAUCCUUUGCAUUUGAGAAAGCACUAAAUGGCUACAGAAUGUAUUAUUUCCAGAGACUCAAAUCUUGUACAUAGACAUCAUGGCAUGAGGAGCACGUUGUCAUCUUACUUUUGGUACUGUAGCUAAAUAGAUGAAUACUGAGACACUUGGACAACAUUUGGGAAUCUUUAUUGUGAAACAUUUUGCCAGCCAGUGGCUUCUUCAGUCCAAUACAAAGAAGAAUGGUGAAAGAUGAGGAGUUUGAGGUAAUCAAUCUCUCAGCCUGGAGUCAUUGUGUUCAGUCCAUCUAUCUUGAGAAAUGUACAUUUUUCAUGAUGGAUGGACUGAACACAUCAGUUCUAGGCUGAGGGACUGAUUACUUCAAACUCCUCAUCUUUCACCAUUCUUCUCUGUACUGGGCUGAAGAAGCCACAAUAAAGAUACCCAAAUGCUGCAUAAGUGUCUCAUUCUUCAACUUGUUGCUUUUCUAAAUCAUUUACAUCAUGAUAAGUAAGACACAUGCAACUUAUCAACUUGGCAGUACAUACUGCAUACCAAUAUCAUAUUCACAUUUACAUCAUAGCUAAAUACAUAACUUUAAUAUUUAACUACAUUACUGCGAGGUAGUUGAAUAUAAUUACUACAUAUAAAUAUAUGCAACUAGGUAGUAGGUUGGUAGACAGCAACCGCCCAGGGAGGUACUACCGUCCUGCCAAGUGAGUGCAAAACGACAGCCUGUAAUCGUUUUACAUGAUGGUAGGAUUGCUGGUGUCCUUUUUUCUGUCUCAUAAACAUGCAAGAUUUCAGGUACGUCUUGCUACUUCUACUUACACUUAGGUCACACUACACAUACAUGUACAAGCAUAUAUAUACAUACCCCUUUGAGUUUUCUUCUAUUUUCUUUCUAGUUCUUGUUCUUGUUUAUUUCCUCUUACCUCCAUGGGGAAGUGGAACAGAAUUCUUCCUCUGUAAGCCAUGCGUGUUGUAAGAGGCGACUAAAAUGCCGGGAGCAAGGGGCUAGUAACCCUUCUCCUGUAUAUAUUACUAAAUGUAAAAGGAGAAACUUUCGUUUUUCUUUUUGGGCCACCCCACCUCGGUGGGAUACGGCCAGUGUGUUAAAAGAAAGAAAGAAGUAUAUGCAAACAGUUAUAUUUAACUACAGUACCUACAUAAUUAUUAUAUAUCUAACUACCUUUAUUACACUUAACCACGGGCUCACCACUGAAGCCAGGAUAAAAUUGCAGUCGUUUAUUACUCCACACCUCGUUUAGGGGGUUGUCAUUGGGAACUGAUAGGCUUUAAUUCAAUGUUUUUUCAAGCUGUAUCUUGCACAUUACUUUCUGAUACUGACAUGAUAAAACUUGCUAACAUAUUUGCUAAAAUAUUCCAAAUCAUCUCGUAUGACAGAUUUCCUAUUAAGGUUUAUGUACUGAAAUAUAGUUUACAGAUAGGAGUCAUUCAAGGAAUGUUUUUUUUAUUAUUCUAAUGAAUAAGUGUACAUUAUAACAUUUUUGAACACUGUAGUGUAGUUUGAGAAGUAGGUUAGAGUUAUGGCAAACCAAUCUAGCACAAAAUGGAUAACGAGUUGUGUACCUGAUAAUGUAGGUUAGGUUACCUGGUGCCUGUCUAGUCGCACUAUUUUGUCAGAGCAGAUAUAGACCUAUGAGGAGUUUUUUGUUGUAUAACCUGUCUUAAUAAUGGAAACAAGAGUAUACUGCUCAGAUGGGCACAGUAGACAACUUUGAGGCCUACUGCCUUCAGUAGACAACUUUGAGGCCUACUGCCUUUCAGAUAACUCUUACACUGUAAAUGAAACUACCAUGUAAGCUAACCUGAACAAGGAAAUCUUCAGCAUUUCAUGUUUAAUUUUUUUGCAAAAUUACUGUAUUAGUACUAUAUAGUAUAUGGGGCACUGGUAUUAUUAUUAAGGUAAUUGUUGAAUCCACCCUGUAGGACUUUCUUUUUCCAUGUAACUGCAUCCUAUUUCCAUGAAAUUGCAUCCUAUCAUUGUACAGGUAUCUGCUAACAUGGUUGUAUAAUUUUUAUAUGGGAAAACAUUGGAACAUAUUAAUGAAAGCAGCUGUUGUAUGUAACCCAAGACCUCAAGGUAAUGUAAUUGAUAACCUUGUCCUACAGGGCCUAAACAUGAAAGUGUUCUCCACAUCCUUUCCUUUUACAGCCUGUAGAGAGGACAUAGGGCAUUACCCAUCACUGACAUCAAAUUAACAGUCUACCUAAAUUAAAAAAAAAAACAUAUGUUAAGUUUUGAUUGGGAAUGUUUUACCUAGAUAUAUCAUAUGAUAGCUUACUUUGUUUUGUUGAAAGAAAUGUUAAUAUUUUAUUUCUAAAUGUGCUGAACUUAGAAAUAUAUCCAGUACUGUAGAUGUUAUUAAUCUCGUAUAUAAAGUUUUUAUGUUAAAGGAAAAUGUGUUCUUUGUCAGCCCUAUCUCCUCUAAGCAUGAUGUAUACUAUAUACAUGUAACAUAUCUUUGCUGCAUGCCAUUUUCAAAGGUUUGUGGUAAUUUGAAACCCAGCGUGAUGACAAGGUUCUCACUAACUCGUGGUCAUUUCCAUGCAUCCUCCCUUGCACGUGAUGAAGAGAUAACUAUGUGUUGAUUUUACCGUGAUUAAUGUCAAGAUGCUUGCUGCUGAUUAUGUGGUGCUGAAUGAGUUUGAUUUUGUGUGAGUGAACCCACGAUAUGUGGGAUGUGAGUGAAUGAAGUAUCCCUCUCCAGACAAUUAUCAGUUUUAAUCUGGAAUCUAAAGAAUUGGACCCGGAAAGUCACUCGCUUUACUCUUCCAGCCUCACAUGUUUACUGUUAGUCAGUUGCAGAUCAAUCAUCUGUGAUAUGAAUUCAGGUUUUACAGGUUUAAUAUAUGUCCAUAUUAAAAAAUUAUAAAAAAUACAAAAUAAAAAGUAAAAAUCUAAAAAAAAAGGGACAAAAUGAUAAUACUUCAAGCAGAAGACAAAACAGUGGUGAAGUGACAAAAUCAGUAGCUUUUGAUGUUGUGUUGCGAAAUGACCACAUUUUUAAGUGUAAACUAAAUACCAUGGAUAUUUUAGGUGGUAAGCAUGAUAUGUAUCAUCAUAACACACAUUUACUAUAUCCAUUGAGUGAAUAUCAGCCUAUUAAAUAGCUGAAAGUUACAUUAAGGAUUACCACAUAUAUAUAAUGUCUUACAAGAAGGCUCUGAUUCUGUGGAAGCCUUUUGAAUACUAGAAUAAAAACUGUAUGUGCUAUCUUUUGACUUUUAAGAAAAUUUGAAUCCUUAAAAAAAUUGUAGGUACAAAGUUGGUGCUGAAUAGUUUCAAUUUAGUGAUGCCAAAUUUAGUGAUAUCAUUGGUAGGUUUCCUCUCUGCUAUCAAAUGAUUUCAUCCUCAAAUUACAAACCCUGACUGAAUGUUGUGGCUAAACAAACAUGUCAGUCAAGAAUAAAAGUUAUACCCAUCUUGGAUCUGAAUGUCACUAAUAUUUUCAAUAUGCUGCUGUUUCUAUAUUUUCCACACAAUAUCUACAAUGCUAUUUCUGAAAUAUGUGCUGUAUAUAUAAACAUUAUUUUUGUAUUGCUUUCACUUCUUCAGAGCCUCUUGAAAAUUUAAAUAUCCAGUAUAUUAAUAAUAAAGUAGAACUGAACCAACAAUGUUGGCUUGGCUUGGGUCAUUUACGACCAAUUAGUUGUUAACGUCUCAGUAUUGUAAACGACUGAUUCCUUUAACAGGAUAUUUUCUCUUCACAAUGAGGUGAUCACUAUAUGAUAUACAGAGGGUCUUGACUUACAAGUUGCAAUCAUCCACACUUACAUACGAGGUCAAAAAUGACAAUAUUGAGAAAAAAUUAAUGAAUGGUGAUUGAAUUUACAAAUGUUAUCAUUUCCUGUAGGAUAACAAGUUCAGGGUUACAAACGACUGAUUUGCAAGUUGAAGCACCGAGGAUGCAACUUUUUCAUAAGUCUGAGACCCCUUGUACUGUUGUUUUAUAGCUAUUAUGAAUAGAAAUAAAAAAUUUGUUAUUUUUUGUUAACUUUGUGUGGUGACCUCAGCUUCCUCAGCUUCACUGCUCUCAUCUCAAAGGCCCAUGGUAGAAUUAGCCUUUCCAAGUUAUGAUUUCACUUGUCAAUUCAAUUAUGUUGUUUACACAGGGACAAUAGUGCACAUAAUUUGUACAUUAUAUUUCAAUAUGUAAAUCAAUUGAUAAGUCACAAUUCAGUGACUGGAACAAUUCACAACUAACCCACUUUUUGGAGGAGAAACUUUAGAAGAAUUUUCCAUUCAUCCUGGGCAAUUAUCAGUCUUAAAUUAUAAUGGUCCAGGAUGGACAAAAACAUAGUCCAAAGUUUCCUCUCCAAACUUUUGGUUAACUGUGAAGUGAUUUAGUAUACAGUACAGUAUUACAUACACUUGUCUUUGUUUAUCCAUCAGGAGCUACAUAUUUUUCAAAAUAUAGGAAUUUUACCCUCUGCAAAACUGAUACAAAGCUACCGUUUUAUAGAUAAUAUGUAAAGUGCAUCUUUCUAUACUUUGGAUGUCUUGUUUUUCCUGGAAAUUUUCUGACCUUGACAAAGUAACCUCUUUAAUGAAUUUCCAAGACUUCCACUGCUCAGAAAUGUUAAAAUAUUUUAGGGGCUUCUGAAAUAUUAAAAAAAAAUAAUAAUAAAAUAAAAUAAACAUCCCAUGGUGGCUUGCUGUCACUGGUUAAUCCAGUAGGCAAUUAUAUGCUCCAAAAUAAUAGGCUGUGUGGAAUCAGUAUUCCACUUAGCAUGAGUAUGUAUAUGGAAGUGUAGAUAAAAUAUAAUUAGACAUUAAUACAGUAUAGGAUAAACAAAAGUAGUAGUAAAACAGCAUUCAGUGAAAGAGCAAAGAGAAUUUUAAACAUUGUUUUAGAUUUUUUUUUUUCUGAAACAUGCUCAUGAUGGCAGCCCAGAAGCUCAAAAAGCAUUUAAUACUAAUAAUGUCUUAGGACAAGGGAUUGAAAGAUUAGCCAAUUCCUGUACUUUCACAUGAUAGCCUAGAGUAUUGCAUAGCUCACUGGUGAAAGUAUUUGACUUGACUGCAUGCUCCCAGGUUUGAUUCCUUGGCACAGAGAAACAUAUAGGCCAGUUUCCUUAUACCCCUUAUGCCUCUGCCCACCUAGCAGUAAAAAUUAAUACCUGUGUGUUAGCUGACUUAUAGGUCUCAUCCAGGGGGAAAAAAGAAAGCUUUAAAAAACUCUAGCCCUUCUGGAAUGUUAUAUCUUGUGUAAGAAAACUGAAGAAUCUGCUGGAAAUAUUAGAAAAACAUGACAGCCAAAGCCUUCAACAACAUAGGUGUUAUUUUAAUAUCUUAGAACAAACAGAUGAGAAUUCAAGUUCACUGACAUGUAAUUUUUUUUAACAAAUACACUACCUGUACAUCAGUGAAGUGCUGUUCCUGAGACUUUCCUCUGACCAAAAAAAAUUCUAAAGCCUGGCCAGUUUCUGUAGCUUCUUUUCAAUCCACAUUCUUAACUUCUAACUAAUAAUAUGAGAUUUAAGCAUAGAUUAAGACAACUGGCAACUAAGGAUAAAUGCUAGAAUUUUUUGCUUAAUUAUUUAUUGGCUCUUCAAGACAAGUAAAUACUGUAUAAAAUACUGUUGACUGUUUUAUUUCCAUUAUGCUGAUGUACAAAAAAAUGUAAAAGAAAUUCUUAUAUAACAAUUACCAUAAUGUGAAAAAUUACUACUUUUAAGUUUCAAAAUAAACAUACAUAAUGAAAAAAAUGAAAAA